AUGGCGAAACUAAAAAGCGGCCCAUCUUCUCAGCCAGACGAGAAUGAGUUUGUCUUCGGAUACCCCACCAGAAUCUGCGACCAUGCGCCUGGAAACAAGUACCUGUGCUGUAACUGCAACAACGUCCUGAAGAAGGCGCAACAGACGCUGUGCGGACAUCGAUACUGCGCACCGUGUCUGGCCUGGAUUAUCAGGAACCACAAAAGUCCCAUCUGCCCCAAGUGUAAACAAGAGGACCCCGGCACACUGAGUGAGGAGAGCUACCUAUCUGAGGACAGGGCUUUCAGUGAUGCUGCUAUCAAUAAGGAGAUCUCAGAGCUCAGAGUUCAUUGUGUGACAGCAAGCUGCAGCUGGAGUGGAGUGCUGAGAGACUAUGAGGAUCACCAAAGCCUCUGCGACUUUGCCCAGAUUCUGUGCCACACUGGCUGCGGAGGGACAGUGCAGCGAAGACACCUCGCCGACCACCUGGAGACCGAAUGUACCAAUAACACAACAGUCUGUCCCAAAUGCUCCCUGAGAAUGUCCAGUACUGACUUCCCUAAACACAAAUGUGAAAAAUGUUCACUGGAAGAUCAAAUGCCAAAGAAAAAUGGAAUGGUGGCGAAAGCAAAGAACCAGAACUCUGCCAACAACAGCUGGAAGGAAAAAUGUCGCUUUUCCGCACUGGGCUGCACAUACAAGGGCAGCAGAGAUAAGGUGAAGGAACAUGAGAAGUCCUCUGUGGUGGCACACCUGUCCUUGGUCGCCCCUGUUUUACUGCAGAUCAAAGAGAGCCUGUCCCUGGCAGAGCCAGCGGAGAAUGGAUUCCACUACCCUCUGCAGGACUGCACAACUCGGACUGUCCGGAAAGUGUUUUCUAACCUACAGAAUGGGGAAGUAAAGGCACUGAAUGGUAACAUUGCCGCGGACUGUGGCUGUCUGAAUGGAGGCAACUCUGCAGGGGCAGACCCGCUUUCCAGGCUGGCAAUACUGGAGGCCAGGACACAAGUGUUUGAAAAUAUUAUUGCCGUCCUGAACCGUGAAAUGGACAAUGCCAACGCCAAACUGGUAGCAGCACUGCAGCAGAAGAAUGAGGAACAGCAAAAAGUGAAAGCCUGCGAACAAAAAAUCACUGACUUACGUUGCACAUUGGCAGCAAAGGAGAUGGCACUAAAUGAGUUUCACAUGCGUCUGUCAACUCUUGAGCAAACCUCAUACAAUGGGGUGUUUCAAUGGAAGAUCUGCAACUUCACACAAAAAUGCCAUGAUGCUGUGAUAGGAAGAGCUAUGAGCCUUUAUUCUCCAGCCUUCUACACUGCCAAGUAUGGAUAUAAGGUGUGCCUUCGCAUUUAUUUAAAUGGGGAUGGAGCUGGCAAGGGGACACAUGUCUCGCUGUUCUUCGCCAUCAUGAAAGGAGAAUAUGACGCUCUGCUGCCCUGGCCCUUCAAACACAAGGUGACAUUUAUGCUGCUGGACCAGAGUAACCGAGAACAUGUGCUUGAUGCCUUCCGCCCAGAUGUCUCCUCCGCCUCCUUCCAGCGACCUGUCAAUGAUAUGAAUAUUGCCAGUGGCUGCCCCUUGUUCUGCCCCUUGUCCAAACUACAGUCUUCCAAAAACAACUACGUGAAAGAUGACACCCUCUUCAUCCGCUGUAUCAUUGACACGUCUUCAUAGCCACAAUGCAGGAAUACAGAUCCAGUGCAUUAGACUGACAGUGUUAUGUUCAUGGAGUACUGAUUGCCACAUAUCCUCACCUAGAC